GUGCUUCUAAUACUUCCAGCUCUUCGGCAGGCAAGAGCGAACUACAUUCGACCGACGCCUACCAGCUAACACCAGGUCGUAGACCUUUGUUUUUUUUCUUCGUCUGCCAACAAACGUGUCCGGCUCUACGUCCGCGACCUCAAUGCUCUGUGCAACCAAUUGUGUCGAUACAAUUGACCACUUUCCCAACAAAGGGUGAUUUCAACGACUAUAACUCCGAAGAUGAAUGCUCGCAUUGAAGAUAACGUCAUCUACUCGCCCUACCCGAAAAUCGAAAUUCCGGUGUGUUCAUUCUACACUCUCGCAAGAGAGAGGCUGCUUCUGAGUCCCGACAAGAUUUCCCUGGUUAGUGAUGGCGUGAGCCUCACACGUGCUCAGGUGUUGGUAGGCAUGGAACGCUACGCGGUGGGUUUCCAGCAGCAUGGUGUGCUUCCAGGGGACCGGGUAUGCAUUCACGUGGACAACGGAGUGGGAAAUUUAUUAUCCAUGUAUGGCUGCAUCCUGGCUGGAGCCAUCGUUGUCUUAGCCAAGACGUCGCUCACCGAACGAGAACUCCGCUACCAAGCAGAAGACGGUGAUUGUAGGCACAUCAUCACUGAAGAGAAGUAUGCAGAGAAAGUCAAGGCAGCAGUUGCAAAUAUCAAUAUGAAAACCCUGUUUUGCAUGGGACAUGCAGCCGGCUUCGUGUCAGCUUGCGAGUUUUCGAAGCUGGACGAGCAACAGUUCCGUGAAUGUCCCAUUACCGACCCUCGGAGCACUGUGCUCGCUGUGUGCUACACUUCUGGAACCACGGGGAUGCCAAAGGGCGCGGAGAUCACGCAUUACAACUACGUCGCCUGCUUCUACACGACGAGGCUGCAGAUGCCAUGGGGUGAAGGAGGCAUCUUCUUUGGCUCGCAGCCGAUCACGCACCAGUCCGGCAUGCUGUACUUUAUGCUAGCUUUGCUGGAUGGUGCUAGUUGCACUCUUUCGUCGGCCAAUCUCACACCUGCGGAAAUACUGGACUCUGUGGAUAAGUACAAGGCGACGACGGCCUUAUUCUUCCCAUCUCAGAUCAAAGCUAUCGUGAGUGAGAUGCGACGUACUGGAAGGAGGCUGCCCAGCAUGCGAGCAAUCGUCGUAGGUGGCAGUGUGCUUUCGGCUUCCACAGCCGAAGCAACGCGUGAAUCAUUCAGUGGUCUCAAGCUCCUGCUCAACAUGUAUGGAAUGACAGAGUCGUGCGGCAUUGUCGCAGGUCAACCGAAGACGUGUGCUGUCCAAACCAAUGCUGAUGUCGGCGUUCCAGCAACCGGGGUUCGAAUAAAGAUUGUUGACGUGCGCACACGUCGGAAACUUGGUCCCCACGAGACCGGCGAGAUAUGCUUCCAGUCGUUGUCCAUGGUGAUUGGCUAUUACAAGCGACCGAAGGAGACCGCCGAGCUUUUCGACGAAGAAGGCUGGUGUAGGUCAGGUGACGCUGGCUACUACGAUAAAGACGGCAAGCUGUACAUUCUCGAGCGACUGAAACAGAUGAUCAAGUGCAUGAACAAUCAGGUCGUCCCCGCAGAGUUGGAGGAACUGCUGCUUCGCGAGCAUGCACUCGAGAUUGCUGAGGUUUCCGUGGUGGGCCUUCCGCACUCGGACUAUGGUGAGGCGCCUGCCGCUGCCAUCGUCCUUACGAAAGAAGGCAGGAGGAAUGACCUGCCGACACUCGCCGAGAGAAUAAAGGAAACAGUUGCCGGUAACCUUGCUGUGCACAAGCAUCUGUACGGGGGUGUUUAUUUCGUGGAUCAUUUGCCGAAAACGGAGACAUCAAAAAUCAACAGAUCAGCGCUGGCUCGCACUCUCAUAAGAGCCUAGUGUCUGAACUCUAGCCUUAUCCAUUGUCCAGUGCAGGAAUAUUUCUUUUUCUCUAUCAAUAAAUA